AUUUAGUGCUUUGCAAAUGCACUUUGAAAUGAAAGCCCUAGAAUGUUUUUUAUUAGCUGUGGCUUUGGUGAGAGUUUUCCCCCGGAUCGAGUGCUGCAAUAGGGUUCCACUGGGCACCACGGCGGCCAAAUCUCCAGUGGACGAUAACUAUGUGCUGUCCGUGAACGGAAAUACGCAGAGUUAUGUGCCCGGUCAAAGGUAUAAUGUGAGCCUCAGUGCUUUUUCGGGCUUGUCCUUUAUAAGCUUUAUGCUGGCCCUGGACCCGGAGAGCGGUGAUGGCGAAGAUGACCCCAAUGCGUUGGGCCAGUUUGAGAUAGCUGAUCUGGCCGAGACCCGCUUCAGUCCACGUUGCGCCAAUCUGGUGGAGAACACCAACACGAACGUGAAGACCCGCGUGGAUGUGGUCUGGGUGGCUCCCUCCAGCCCUGGCCAGGGGUGCAUCCUGCUGCGGGCCACGGUGAUGCAGCAUCGCGAUGUGUGGUUCAUGGACGAUGGAUUCCUUACCAAGCGCAUGUGCGAGGAGGAGGUGGAUGACAUUGACACACAGCCGAGUAUAGUGGAUCCUUGCUGCGCCUGUGACGAAGCCAAAUAUGAACUUACCUUCGAAGGCAAGUGGUCGCGCCACACACACCCCAAGGAUUUCCCUGCGAAUAGCUGGCGCACUAGAUUCAGUGAUAUUAUUGGAGCCUCACACACCUUGGACUACAGGUUCUGGCAGUAUGGAGAGCUGGCCAGCGAGGGUCUACGAGAGGUGGCGGAACAUGGUUCCACGCGAACCCUGGAGAGCGAGCUUAAGGAUCAAAGCGAGCACAUUCGCACCAUCAUCAAAGCCAGAGGCAUAGCCUAUCCGAAUGUUACAGGCAAAACAUUCGCCGUUUUCCGCGUGGACUCCAAUCACCACUUGAUAUCCUUGGUCUCGAUGGUGGACCCCUCCCCAGAUUGGAUCGUUGGCGUUUCUGGCUUGGAGCUGUGCCUGCCCAACUGCUCUUGGGUGGAAAACAAAGUGCACAACCUCUAUCCCUGGGACGCGGGCACCGACAGUGGGCCAUCUUAUAUGUCCGCUGACCAGCCGCAGGUACCUCCAGACGUGGUCCGUCGCAUCAAGUCUAAUUUUCCCAACGAUCCUCGUUCGCCCUUUUAUGAUCCCACUGGCGCCCAGAUGAAGCCCCUGGCCACCUUGCACAUCAAUCGAAGACGUCUCUACGAGAAGAACUGCGAGUCCAAUGAUUCGGAACAGUUGCCGGCGGAGUGCGCCACACAUUCGUGGUCCAGAUGGGAUGAGUGCACCACCAAGUGCGGUCCUGGCAAGCAGUACAGGAUUCGGGAGUUCAAGAACCCAGCGCUGGCUUCGCGUCAUCGAUGCAACAAUGCCCUGCGUGAGGAGAAGAACUGCGUGGGUCACAAGUGCGCCGGAUUCAACGAGGAGACAGCCGAGGGCGCCGAACCGGAGGUGGCACCUCCUUCAGGCAGCAACGACGAUCCGCAGUGCGGCCUUUCCGACUGGUCCGAGUGGUCCUCGUGCACAGUGACCUGCGGCACUGGCGAGAUGACCCGAUCCCGACACUAUCUCAACAAGAAGGCCAAGAAGAAGUGCCAGAAGGCGAGCAAAGCGCGCCUGCACGAGACCAAGAUCUGCGAGGCCAUGGAGUGUGGCGGGGACAUUGAGAACGGAGGUGAGCCGGAGGAGAAGCAGGCCGGUGGUGGUGACGAAGGUGGCUCUGCCGAGAAGAGGUCUAUUUUCCGGAACUUCGAGAGUUACAGUCAGCAUCGGGAGGACUACAUACCACCGGUUUGCGGGGUCACCCCCUGGUCGGAUUUCUCGCCAUGCAUGGGACCCUGCGGUGGACAUGGCAAGCGUCAACGUAUCCGUAAGGUGUGGAACAACAACCAGGUGUACGGGGUAUCCGAUCCCAACGAUGAUGGCCAGGAUCCCUGUCGGCACAUAAAGCUCCAGGAAGAGGUGAACUGCACGAAUCCCAGCUGCGACACCAUUGUGCCAAGCUUCUGCUACGACGAGCUGAUCGACAGCCCGUGUCGGGAUAGCGAUGUGGCCAACUUCUGGUACUACGACCAUGUGAGUGACCAGUGCGCCAUUUAUUGGUCGGAUCGCUGCGACAAGAAUCGCAACAAGUUCAAGUCGAAGGAGGAGUGCGAAGAGACCUGUCGGAUACCGCGGCACAAACAGGAACUCCAGCACGAUGGAGCUGAUCCCAUAGAUUGCAUGGUCUCCGACUGGGUGUCGCACAGCUGCAACGCCUCCUGCGGCGAUGGCUUCCAGUUGCGGACGCGUCGUGUGGUCAGGACCCCGAAGUACGGGGGCAAACCCUGUCCCAAGCACCUGGUGCGUUUGGAUCGCUGCUACCAGCGGUGCGACGACAUGUAUUCCAUAAGUGGUCGGGGAUUCGGGGAGCGGAGGCAUGUGGUCAAGGCACCACUGCCGGAGCCGCGGGACGAGUGCCGCUACUCAGAGUGGUCCGCCUGGACGCCCUGCACCGCCACCUGUGGCGACAAUGCCGUUCGCCAGCGCACCCGCACCCUUCUGAACACCGACCUGAGCUUUAAGUGCAAGGACCGCGUCCGCAUGGAGAAGUGUGUGAUGAUGCCGUGCCUUCUGAGUAGCAAUGACGAGCCCGAGCGGUGGUGAGAAUCGAUGACGCUCAGCUCCAACAAGUAUUAGCCGUACACCAAAUAUGUAAUCAUUAUCGAGGGUACCAUUAAAUAUAUGAAACCAUGACCUACCAGUUCCCUCA